AUGCAUUGCCUGGCUCGCCUCUUCUCGCUGCCCGUGCUGCAGGGUGGCACUGUGGUGAAUGCCGACCGCCAGUUCCAGGCAGAUGUGCUCAUCCGGGAUGGAAUCAUCCUGAGGGUCGAGCCAGGCCUCCAGGCGGCACGGCCGGGCACACGGCAGCUGGAUGCGCGCGGCAAGCUGGUGAUGCCGGGCGGCAUCGACCCGCACACCCACCUGGCCAUGCCCUUCAUGGGGCAGGUCGCCUGCGACGACUUCUUCAGCGGCCACGCCGCUGCGCUUGCGGGCGGCACCACCAUGCACAUCGACUUUGUGCUGCCCGUGGCGCACGACCUGCUGGCGGGGUGGGAGGAGUGGCAGCGCAAGGCGCAGGCGGCGGUCAUGGACUAUGGCUUCCACAUGGCGGUGACGUCGUGGAGCGACAGGGUGGCGGCUGACAUGGCGGCCGUCACUGCCCGAGGCGUCAACAGCUUCAAGUUCUUCAUGGCCUAUAAGGGCGCCCUAAUGGUGAACGACGAGCAGCUGCUGGCGGGGCUGCGGCGGUGCAAGGAGCUGGGGGCACUGGCGCAGGUGCACGCGGAGAACGGAGAUGCGGUGGCAGAGGGGCAGCAGCGCGUGUUUGAUGCGGGCAUCACCGGCCCAGAGGGCCACGCCCUGUCGCGGCCGGCGGCGCUGGAGGGGGAGGCCACGGCGCGCGCCAUCCGGCUGGCCGAGUUUGUGGGGACGCCGCUGUAUGUGGUGCACGUGAUGAGCCGGGAUGCGAUGGAGGAGGUCGGGCGCGCCAGGCAGCGCGGGGUGCGGGUGGUUGGCGAGACGGUGGCCUCAGCCAUCUCCAUGGAUGAAAGCCGCAUGUGGCACCCCGACUUUGAUGUGGCGGCGCAGUAUGUGAUGAGCCCGCCCAUACGCAGCAAGGAGCACGGCGCGGCGCUGCGGGCGGCGCUGGCGGGCGGCGUGCUGCAGCUGGUGGGCACAGACCACGCCGUGUUCAACAGCAGCCAAAAGGCGGUGGGGCGCCACGACUUCCGCAUCAUCCCCAAUGGCGUCAAUGGGCUGGAGGAGCGGCUGCACGUGGUGUGGCAGGAGCUGGUGAACAGCGGGCAGCUGACGCCCUCCGACUUUGUGCGCGUCACCAGCACUGCGGCCGCCCAGGUGUACAACAUCUACCCUCGCAAGGGCGUGGUGGCGCCUGGGUCGGAUGCCGACGUCAUCAUCUUUGACCCCUCCCUUGACCACACCAUCACCGCCGCCGCCCACCACUCCGCCAUGGACACCAACAUCUACGAGGGCUACCGCGUGCGGGGCAAGGUGGUGACCACCAUCAGCCGCGGCCGUGUGGUGUGGCACGAGGGCAAGCUCAACGUGAUGCGCGGCAGCGGCCGCUUUGUGCCCACACCCACCCACGGCCCGCUGUUCCAGGGCUUGGACAAGCAGCCCGCGCACCUCGUGGACGUGGCACGCUACGGUGGCGUGCCCGUCAAGCGCAGCAGCAGCGGCACGCACGAGAGGGACGAGCUGUGA